AUGACACUGAUCAGAGUGGUUUCAUCAGUGCUGCUGCUGGUACUGAUGCAGUCCGGAGCUCUUUGCGCACGGAGGUUUCGGGGUGGCCGCAACCCACAACCGCGACGCUCACCGCCUCCUCCCACAUACCGGGCAGACAGGGGUGAUACCACCGAGAGCUUCCCUCUGGAUUUCACCGCGGUGGAGGAGAACAUGGAUAACUUCAUGACACAAGUGAAGAACCUUGCGCAGUCCCUUUACCCCUGUUCGGCGCAAAAGCUUGACUACGACAUGAGGCUGAACUUUUUGGAGAACACAUCAGUCACCUGCAACGACGGCAGUCCUGCGGGGUACUACCUAAAAGAAUCUCGAGGCAGCAGGCGGUGGUUGAUAUUUUUAGAAGGUGGCUGGUACUGCUUCAACAAGGAAAACUGUGACAGCCGAUAUGAGACAAUGAGAAGGUUAAUGAGCUCCUCCAAGUGGCCCCAGACUAAAACAGGCACAGGGAUCCUGUCUCCACUCCCUGAGGAAAACCCUCAUUGGUGGAAUGCCAACAUGGUGUUUGUGCCCUACUGCUCCAGUGAUGUUUGGAGCGGUGCUACAGCCAAAACAGAUCAAAGUGGUUAUGCCUUCAUGGGCUCACUCAUUAUUCAGGAGGUUGUGAAGGACCUGCUGAAAAAAGGUCUGGAAAAUGCCAAAGUCCUCCUUUUAGCAGGAAGCAGUGCGGGAGGUACCGGCGUUCUUCUGAAUGUUGACCGUGUGGCAGAGCUGCUGGAGGGACUGGGCCACACUGCGAUACAAGUGCGAGGCCUUUCUGAUUCUGGCUGGUUCCUGGACAAUAAGCAGUACCACUGCACUGACUGUGUGGACACUACCAGCUGUGCCCCCACUGAGACCAUCAAGAGAGGCAUCAAGUACUGGGGAGGGAUGGUACCAGAGCGGUGCAAACAAGCCCAUGAAGGAGAAGAGUGGAACUGCUUUUUUGGAUACAGAGUCUUCCCAUCUAUAAAAAGCCCUGUCUUUGUGGUCCAGUGGCUGUUUGAUGAGGCUCAGUUGACAGUAGACAACAUUCAGCUGACAGGUCAGCCUGUGCAGGAGGGCCAGUGGCGCUACAUCCAAAACUUGGGCACUGAGCUGAGGAACACACUCAAAGAUGUCCCGGCUAUGUUUGCUCCAGCAUGUUUAUCGCAUGAAGUUAUCACCAGAAACUAUUGGAUUGAUGUGCAGGUUAAAGGCACCUCCUUGCCCAGAGCGCUGCACUGCUGGGACCGCAGCCUCCACGACAACAGGAACAACAAGGCUCCGCCUAAAGGCUGUCCUGUGCAUCUGAUUGACAGCUGCCCGUGGCCACACUGCAACCCCACCUGCCCCACCAUCCGAGAUCAGUUCACAGGGCAGGAGAUGAAUGUCAUUCAGUUCCUCAUGCACAUGGGCUUUGAUGUGCAGAAGAUGGCCCAGCAGCAGGGAAUGGACCCCAGCAAGCUACUGGGCAUGCUCAGCAGCGGCAGCUAAAGGGACACAAACAAACAGGCAUUAUCUCAACGUUAAACUAAGCAGAGUUGGCUGGCUGGUCUCUCUGGCCAGUCUCCCAAGCCUGAUACCUCCAACUACCCCUCCAUCUUCACAACCCAUUCUACCUAUAAUGAAUUUCCUCUGACCUCCUGUUUACUUUACUCCAAACCUCAGUCAGUGCAGGGACUUUGACCUUGUCCCACAAUCCCUUUUCUCCCAUCUGGUGACAAGUACUGUGGCAACAUACCACAAUGACAAGGCACAACUCUUUGCGACUCACCAUUUAAAUUAUAUUUUGUUUGUACAAGAAAAUAUCAUGAAUGUAAUCCAGUUUUAAGGAUGCUCACUGAUGUUUUGUUUUUAUGUUUGUCCUUCCAUAUAGUUUAAAUUUAGUCAUUGCCACAGUGACAUAGGGAUGCUGUUUUUGUUAAGUAGCCAAUAUGAGACUGUUAUCAGUGCAAUUGGGCCCUAGCAUUUUUCUGUAAUUGGAACUCUCAUUGCAAAAAUAACUGACAUCAAGGCAGAUA